AUGUUCCAACAGCACCAUCAUCUAGCCUCUUCCAGUUACUCAAAGCUAGCAAACUGGGAUCCAGAUAUGAGUGUGUAUGCCGACGCUCCGAACCAGAUGAGUUCCCUAUGCAAGCUGUCAGCGACGGCAAAGCCGUCAAGUCCUGGCAUCGAUUCCAAGGAACAACCAUGGAUCAAAUUAUCGUUUGGGGGAUCAGUACAGUCAGUGCCCAUAUCUGCGGCCUACCUGGACAACUAUAAAUUGAACGGUAAAAGUGUUCAGUGGGAUGAAGUUAACCAGUAUCCCCUGGAUGAUGAAAUGGAGCAAGAUAUGCUUCGUCUAAAUGACGAGGUGAGCGACUUGGACGAAGGGUGUAUUCCGCCAUCCAACGUGUUACACCGCUUAGAUGUCGGCUCAAGAUCAGCUAGCGAAUAUGGUCCAAAUCUACAGUACCGUUCUCCCGAAGCUCCACCUUCAGAAGAAGCCCAAGUUCCGCCCAGCGGUUCCAAUGACGUCGCCGCUAGAGACGACGUUUUGAAUUAUGAUAUUGACUGGAAUGCUGUACUCGUGACGGUCAAAGACUGA